AUGAGAACUUGGGUGCUGUGCCUGGUGGUGGGCCUCGUCUGCCUCAUCGCCGUCUCGAUCGCGACACUCAUCCUCCAGCUUCCGCCGGACCUCUUCAACAGCACGAACGCAGAUCCCGAUGAUGGUCCUCGGCUACAGUCCGACCAGGGCAAGCGGCAAGAGUUAAGCUUCGUGGGACUCAAUGGUGACACCGUCGGAGCCAUUGAGGAAGAAGGUGGCAACGUGGCCGUGCAGUCUUUACUGGAUCCGCAGACGACACGCUUAAGUUCCGGCUCUUUGCCGGAGCGCGAUUCGCCGGACAGCAAGGACUCGGGUCGGGACCGCUUCGGCAACCACAACAAUCUAGAAACCAACUUGCAGGAACCGGCUGUCGUCGACAUCAUCUUACAGACCGGAGACGAACUCCUUCCACCGCCGCCGCCGAGCCUUCCAACGACGACGGAGGACGGCCGACCGUUAGUGUUUACGACAACGGGUAAAGUAGCGGGCUUCAAACGGGAAAUCCUGGGAAAGAAAUUGAACGUGUUUCUGGGGGUCCCCUAUGCGACGCCUCCUGUAGGCGAUCUCCGGUUUAGGAAGCCUCAGCCAAUCCAGCCCUGGAGUGACGUCUACGACGCCUCGGAUAUGGGGCCUCCUUGUUUCCACAUCACGUACUCGUCCUCUUGGAGUUGGGCUGCGAGCCGAAAAACUGAGAGCGAGGACUGCCUUCAUCUAAAUGUGUGGGCUCCUGAAGGCGCCUGCGACAACAGGACUAAGGCAUCCACAUUGAAGCCCGUCAUCGUGUUCAUUUACGGUGGAGGUUUUAACAUUGGCGCUACCGACUGGGAGUUCUAUGAUGGGAGCGUGCUUGCAGCGUACGGGGACGUCGUCAUGGCUUCCAUGAACUAUAGGCUAGGACCACUUGGCUUCCUGAACGCAGACAGCGAGGACAUCCCCGGGAACAUGGGACUCCUCGACCAGCACUUGGCGAUUCGAUGGCUCUACGAAAACGCGCCGUUGUUCUGCGGUAAUCCGGCCCACAUGGUUCUUGUGGGUGAAAGUGCGGGCGCCGUCUCGGCGGGAUUGCAUCUGGUUUCCCCGAUGAGCCGACACAUGGUAAAGAGAGUAGUUUUGCAGAGCGGCAGUCCCUUAUGGGAUACACCCGACAACACCGUCGGUGCCAUAAAGAAGGCGACGGAGUUCGCGGAAAUCUUCAAAUGUUCCAACACGACACAAAACUUCCAAAACAGUUCGGAUUUGGUAGUCCGUUGCUUACGCGAGCUAGACGCGCGGACGCUUUUCGAGAAAGCCGAGGAAACGCUCGGAAAGCGCGUGCUCACUUACCAUCCUCGGUACGGAGAUGAGUUCAUGCCGCUCAAUGCUCACGAAGCGCUCAAGAAGGGACUCUUCAAGGACUCGGAUGUCUUGCUUGGAGUGAACAAAGAUGAAGGCAGCAUCUUCGUGGCCAACUCUUUACCUUACAUUUUUCUAAACGGCCUAGCUCCGAACAUUACAAAGGACGAGGCUGCAUUUUACCUCAUAUUUUUCUUCCAGUACAUUAUACAAACCGGUACGCGUGACAUACGGGACCAUUACUUCAAGACCAUCAAAGACAAGGACUACCCGGCAGUGAGGAACGCGUUCAUCGAAGCCAUCGGAGACUACCUCCAAAUUUGUCCCACCACUUACUACGGAGAAACGUACUCCAGGUUCAACAACAGUGUCUACUAUUACCACUUCACUCAUCGGCCCAGCAACAGCUACUGGCCGGAGUGGCUGGGAACGGCACAUUUCGACGAGGUGGAAUUCAUCUUUGGUGUUCCACUUAGGUUUCCAGAAAAAUUUACAGCGGAAGAAGUAAACUUCUCCAAACAAAUGAUGGAUAUCUGGCUAACCUUCGCUAAAACGGGGAAGCCUCCGUCCUUAAACGGGACGCAGUGGCCGCUCUUCUCCGAGCUGAACCCGGUCCACAUGGAGCUGAACCCGAAGCGUUUCCGGUUGGGCAAGGGGCUGCACGCCGAGCACUGCCGCUUCUGGAAAAAGUACAUCCUCAAGUGAACACCUUGGAGCAUCCUGGGCGGCCUGGUCGAAAGACGCUGCUCCACUCCACCAAGUUCGGUCACC